CAGAAGCUGAAGGAGAAGAACUGGCCCAACCAGAAUUUAGGGGAUUAUGGGAAGAGGGCGUUCAUAAGGCAUCUGAGAAAAAGGAGCACAGAUUUAAAUUUGCAACUCACAUUCCUAGUAAAAUGGAACAGGAGAUGAUGGAAAGAGCUCUCAUGAAACAGAGAGCAGGGAUUGUUCAGAAACAAGUAGCUGCUGGAAGAGAAUUUAAGGGUUGUGCUUUUUACAGUAAACCUGAGGUCAUCGUAUUUAAGGACUUUGACGUCGGGAAAUCCUAUAAGAAGAAAAUUCUUUUAACAAACAUAUCAUACACUCAGAACUACUGCAAAUAUGUUGGCAUGUCUCAUAUCCUGAAAGACUUCAUCGAAGUGUUUUUCGAUCCACCAGGAGUGAUGUCAGCUGGUCUAACUUGUGAUUUUGCAGUGACUUUCAAACCAAUGCUGAAUGAAGACUUGGUGGGCCACAUAGAUUUCCUUGCCCAAACAGGACCCUUUUCAGUUCCAAUUCGAUGUGUCACAAAGAAAUGUCAGAUUUCAGAGGAUGUCACCGAAGUUGAAUUUGGAAGUCAAGUCUUGGGAGAAACCAGGAAGAGAAUUAUAAACGUUACGAAUAAUGGAGCGUUAGGAACUCAAUUUACAUUCAGAAAGAUAACAGGCUUGGCGAGAUCGCUCUCCUCUUCAGAGCUGAGUUCUAUCGGCGGAAUGACUGUAACGGACGUGAAUGUGACUCAGCAAGACUCCAACCCGACGGAGCUACAGGUUCCCCCUGAGGGGAUGGCAGAAGACGCAAAAGAACCUCAAGGGGCUGGUGUAACAGAAAUUCCUAGUGAACCAGGUCAACAAGAGGGCGAAAGCCCGGAGAAGGCCUUAGAGCCCAGAUCUGGUAGUGCUGUUAAGUUCGAGAAGGGAUUGGCAACUACUGAAGGCGAAGUUCACGCCCCAGCAGAAGAGACUGGAGACCAGCUAGAUGUUGAUCUGACCUCAGCAGCACCUCAGACUAUCUCAUCAAUCCCUACAGAAACCUCUAUAUUAGAAGGUCUCAGAGUCGGAAAGGUUUCUUCUGGAGAAAUUGCACCGUUUUCUUUAGUCCAGGUGGAAGUGGUAUUUAAUCCUACCAAGUCAGGCAACGCCCUCGCCGAGUUUGAGAUAUCCUUUUCAGAUCCACUCUCACCCCCGAUAGUGAUCCGAGCUCGAGGAACGGGAAUCGAUGUUCCUGUCUGGGUGGAGAGAGAGGUCGUCGACUUAAAGAUGUGCAUGUACGACCGGCUAUAUCAAGAUGCAAUACUUGUCAACAAUAGAGCCACUUCAGCUCUCAGACUGAAGUUUGAAGUUUGUAAAGAAUUGAGGAAUCACUUGGAACUGCUUCCCAAGACAGCUUACAUACAAGCUGAGUCCCAGUUCUCUGCGCAGCUCAAGUUCCUUCCAAGACAAACUCUGCCAGAUGACUGUCCCACAUACUUUGACGGAGAGAGCAGACUGCUUGAGGCACCUAUGGUCGUACGUGUCGCAGAUCAGACGCGGCCAGUUCCGUUCACAGUAAGAGCGAUAGUGACGUCAUCAGAUAUCGAGUUCAACGUUCAAGCGAUUGACUUUGGUUUCUGCACAGUGCUGGAGUCAGUGAGACGAACAGUGACUUUAACUAACAAGUCUGUAUUACCUCAACAAUUCGGAUUUUGUGGAGUUCCUGAUACGGUUGAUGUUCAGCCUAAUGAUGGAUUCGGUACCCUGCUGCCAUUGGAGAGCUUUGAUGUGGACAUCAUGUUCAACGCCAAAAAAGCUAAAGAAUAUGAGUUUGAUCUCACUUGUAAGACUGGCAUCGGCCGUGAGUUCAAACUUCACUGUAGAGCAGUGGGCGUCCUUCCUCCGCUGGAACUCUCUCACUCUGUAAUCAAAAUGAAAGCCACAGCUGUCUCGGAUACAUGUGCGGCUCACAUUGAAGUCAUCAACUCUCACACCAGCGCAAAUGAAUUCACCCAUCCAGUGCCCAGAAUUGGCUCAGGUCCCAUUGUAGAGGUAGGCCCCACGUCGUUCGAAUUUAUGGUCCCUGCUGAUGCACCCCUGACUGUGUCCCCAGCUGUAGGCACUGUCAACGCGGGAGAGCGCUGCCUUGUUCAUGUGACCUUCAGUCCUCGUAUGGAUCCAAAUAUGGUGCGACAAGAGGCCGUGCGUAUGAUGGAACGAGAAGCUGAGGCUGAAAGGAAGAGACUGGAACUAGCGUCACCUCCAGAGAAGCCUCAGGAGCAAAAUACAGGACAGAAAAAGAAAGGUGGCAAAGCUCAGGCUGGAAAGAGUGCCAAGGCAUCACCAAAGCGAGGAAAUACGCCGAGCAACACCAACCUCGCCGCUACCACGAAGACUCCAACCAAAACUUUCACUGUCGCUGAUGUAAUUGACGGGUCCAAUGAAUACGAGUCAGCCCACUUGGCUUUACUCAGGACUUAUCAGAAUGCGUUCUCUAGAUACUUGGUUCCCUGCUUCGUAGCCCCUGGGCGAUGUACUGAGCCUAACUCUUUGUCAUGCAGUGUUCACAACACGAUCUAUCUAGAGGUUCACUGCCCGGCCGUCCGGCCCCAUUUGGUGGUCGUAUCUGACAGUGGAAGAUCUGUUGUGGACUUUGCAAAUGUGUCCCUUGGUCGAUCGGAGAUUAAAAGUUUCACCAUUCAAAAUAUUUCUGACGAACCAAUAAAGUUGAGCUCCUCGUUACUAGAUCCUCACGGUCCUUUUCAGAUGUUGAACGCAUUAAGGACCUUGGAUCCCCAAGCGACUCAUACCGUGAUUGUGUCGUUCGGUCCUAACGCUCCCAAAGAGUUCCAUGAGGUCUUAGAAGUGCGGUGCCCCCGGAAUACACUAUACCUCAGGCUGAAGGGCAGGGGGGUUCAACCUGUGAUCUCUCUGUCAGUGGAGGAUGGUCUGCUGGACUUAGGAGACGCUCUAGUUGGUGACACGAUCUCGUCCAGUUUUAAGAUAUCUAACACUUCAGAGCUGUCAAUCACCUAUUCACUGAAGCUUGACAGCUUAUCUCCAUUACGUCACAGCCGAGCGCAAGUGUUACCCAGGUUCCUUCCGCCGUUUAGCGAGAUGUCAGAAACUCAACAGCACGCGUUAGGUCCGUCGAAUUACAAUGGGAUGGCUGUAUUUGACUGUGUUCCUGCUCAAGGUGUGAUCGGCCCAGGCGAGUCUAAAGAGAUCACUAUCUCUUUCAACCCGGAUCACCCAAGUCAGCUUUACGCCGAUGAAGUCUCCGUGGAGAUAAACAACGGGGAGCAGCCCUAUUCUGUCCGACUACUGGGCCGCGCCUGGCCAAAUAUCGUGUACCUGAGGGGCUGGGACGAGUUGAUGCCGAGAGCUGAGUCAUUACGAGCGGAAGUGGAGGAGGAGGAAGAUGAAGAGGGAAAAGCAAUCCAGAAAACAGUUCUGCUUACAAUGAAGAGCGUAUCAACUCCUGAUGGAUAUGAGGCUGUGGAAAGAGCCGUGGAAAUUGGCUGUAUUAAGUCCAGUAUACAAACUAAAAAGUCAAGUGACUUUUACUUCGACAAUCCCAAAGAAGCUAACGAACUGGGAUUCUCCUUUGAGCCUCAAAAGGCGGGAGUUGACAUUGGCGUGAAAAAGAACAUUGUGUUUCGAUGGCAACCGCCAGCUGGGCAUGAUCCUAAUGAACCUGUUAAUACCAGUACUAUGUUGACAGUAAAGAGUGACGUAACAACCCAAUACAAGAUCCUUCUUCAAGGAUUAAUCACAACAGAGCAAAGAGACCUGGAUGUUAGUGGUCACGUGGUGUCUUUAGCGGAAGACACUUGAGCUUUCUUACAAACGUGUUGUGAAAUAUAACUCUUCGUAAAGUUUUGUCAUACGAAAUGUGACACUCGUAAUACUUAAAACGUUCUAAGAAGCGUCCAGGGGUUUAUUUAAUUUAAUUUAGAGGAGAAUCUUAUUUAACACUCAUUUGAGGCCAUUGUUUUAUUUCUGAACAGCAGCCCAAUUUUGAUGAAUUCCGUAAAAUGUAUGUAUUUCUUUGGUUGGAAAACCGACCACGUUGAAAACUGAAAUUGAUGCAGGCUUCCGAGUAUAAUCACAUUUUUUACUGAAACACUUCCCAACCUGAAUGAAUAACAACGCCAUAGCAUUACCAUUUGUAUUGCGUCAUUUCACUACUAAUCAACGUGUGCUUUUUAAACGAAUUUCGUGUUCUAAAGAAACUGUGGUGCUGCGUCGGUGGGUGAGUAUAACGGAGUAACUUAGUGUCAUCAACGGAGUUGAUAACGUAAAUUGGCCACCGUAGGGAGUGUCCAGAGUAAUUCGGAAUCACUUUGGUUUUGUUUUACUUCGCUUUUUAAUUAGUCCGGGACAUUCGCACCACUGGUGAGUUGUCUGGUAUUGGUCAUCCUGUCGAGGCUGUGCGUAUAAUUUUGUACCCCUGCGUCUAAAGUCCGUGUGAUUGGACUACAGUCAAAGAAUUGAACGCGAUGUUUAGUGUACAUGCUGUGGAAACGAAAUGAUGAUAAUAUUUUACUCGAGUGUGUAAUUAUUUGUAUCAGAAUAUAUUCGGUAUUUCAAUUAUAGUUAAUCGUUUCAGUAUAAAUUUGUACCUUUAUUUGUUUAAGGUAAGAUCAAAUGUAUUAGUUUGAUACGUUGCACGCAGUUUUUAGUGUCGCUGUGUUUCGAACUGUGACAAGCUUUUACGACACUGCAUUUAAGGCGUGAAAAUAAAGCUUUGGAAGAAAUGUUAUGCCUCUCA